AUGAAUGUACUUUUCAUGUCAUUGACAAACGCUAUUGGUAGAAUCAAUGGAAAGGAUUUAUUUAAAGGCUAUUUAUUGAUUGCUAUAAGAGAUGUAAAUGCAUCCGGUGGCCAAGGUGUAUUAGAUGAAUCAGUUAGAUAUGUUCAAGAAUUACAAAAUAGAGAACAAUUUGCUUUUCUUACCAAACUUUUCAGUGAAAAAUGCACUAUUCAACGAUUAAAUCAUUUUGAAAAUACAAAUUUUGAGAAUGAAAUAGAAGAACUUCGAUCUUCAUUUAUUCAAGAAAAUUUUAAACACUGGAAUCCUGUUGCAUUAAAAGAACAAUUAAAAAUCUUGUUGGUUCAAUUGUACGCUGAUGACACUAGUAAUUUAGACGAUAUUCAAUUAAAAAUGAAAAUUGAUUCAUUAUAUGAGGAAAUAUUGAAUAUUUGGUACGAUCCUAGUCCCCUUUCGAAAAUACCUGAUAAAAAUUUCAAUUAUUCAACGGUAUUUAAUGAAGUACAAAUCAACAUUGAUUUCAGUCAGAACGAGUUACCAAUAUCUAGAGAUGAAAUUUCAGUUGACAAUAUGAGAAAAUUCGAAAUUUUUAAGAAUAUAUUUGACAAGAUAAUGAAUUUUGAAAUAACAACUAGCAAUUAUAAUGCAUAUUGGAAAUUGUUCGACGAUGUCAUAGUCCAUUGUAUGAGCCAUCGUGCAAAUUUAAUUGAAGAAUAUGCAAAGUUUAUAUUUAAAGAAAAAAUUAGUAAAGACAAGUUUGAUGAAGAAUAUGAAAAAGUUAAUCUAAAAUUAAAACAUGAUCUUAAUGAAUACAAGCGACAUUUCAAGUUAUGUUUGGAGAAAUGUGGUUAUUGCCAAUUACGUUGUUUGAAAAUAAAAAAUCAUUCAUAUGAAGAAACGAUGGCCGUUGAAACAAAAAUAACAAAACUUAAACAACUAUUAGAUAAGACAUCAAAUGAAACUGAAGUAGAUGAAUUAAACUUUGAUCAAUUAUCAUUAAAACUGAAAGCUGUAGACGAACAAUUAGAAUUAACAGAAACUAAAAUAGAAAAUUUUCGAAAAUCAAUAGAAAUUAGCAACAACUUGCAAAUUGGUCGAGAUAGUAUCACCAAUUUAACUAAGAAUAUUUUCGAAAAAGAGAGUCAAUUUAACGAAUCCAUAGCUUUAUAUGGUUUUGAUCAAAUUAUAACAAAAAACGAUGAAAAUAUAAAAGAAAAACUUGAACAACAAAUAUUGAAUGGAAUAAAAAUGAAAUUUUUAGAGAUUUUUGCAUUGGAGACAAAUUUACCGGAAGAUUUGAAAACUUGUGAAUUAGAAAUCAUUUUUUCUCUUCUUAAUGAAAAACUCCGACAAAUAAUUCAAGAUAUAUUGGAUAAAUUCAAUACUGAUAUUUUUUUACAUGCAGAAUUUGACAAUUUAUAUGAUAAAUUUAAUUUGUAUGAUAUUUUUAUUCAAAAAUUUGAAGAAUAUUUUAAUCAACUUUUGGUUAGUGUCACCGAUUAUAUUCAAUCAUUAAAUAAUUCACUUACAUGUAUGAAAGACAAUGAAAACGUUUUCACAGAUAGACAUAUGAAUCUAAAAAGUAAAAUUGAAAUAUUACAAAAUGAUUCAAAUUUAAUUCAGGAGAAAGUAAGUGAACUGUCUAAAACUCGUGAUAAAAUAACAUGUGAAAUGAAGGUAAUUUGUGAUCGCGUCAAAAUAGAUGAUAUAAACAUUAGUACGAUAUCUCAGGAAAUUGAGACUAGUAAAAAUGCAGAAACUACAAUUAGUACAGAAACUAGAAGUAUCAAAAAUGAUCAAAUGGAAAUUAAGAAACAAUUAAUGUCUUUAGAUAAAGAAAGACUGAGUCUGAAUGAGAAAAAGUUAACAUUCGAAAACAAAUUCUCAAAUAGAAAUAUGAAUUGUGCUAGCUUGUUUAAUACUUUUAAUGACGUUAUACAAAAAGCAGAAGAGUACUUAGGUUUUAAAAAAGAAUUUGAAGUCAUUAGUCAUACAAGUAUCGAGUUGAAAACGACUAUCAGUAAAAUGAAAGCAAAAAUUGAUGCGAAUGAGGCACUCAUAAAUGCAGUUAAAGUUGAUAGAAAUACUGAAGCCGAAGUUAUUAAAAUUGACAAUGAUAUACAGACUUUGAAUGGUAGAAAGACUAAAAUGGAGACUUUGCAACAAUCUGCUGUGGAUAAAUUGUCAAAAACCCAAAAAACAGAUGAAAUUGAAAAAUACAAGUCUGACCUUGAUUCAGUGGAAAAAAGUUUGAACAAAAUUAAUGCAAGUAUAGAAUUAAAGAAACAAGAAUUAGAAAAUUGUAGAUUAGCUGAAUCAGAAAUAAAACGUAAGAGUGAUGCGGUCAUAGAAAAACACAGUUUAUUGAACAAUGUCGAGUAUGAAAUUUCAAAACUUUCUCAGCUAGAACAAAGUAUUUCUACAACACGAGUUUGUUUAGAAUCAUCUGCCAAUGAAUUAAAACAACUUUAUGUAUCGAAUUUCGAAGAUUUAAUUAAAUUCAUCACUAUUAGAAACGAACUAGAUUCGAAAGAUCUUCAAGUAAAAACAUAUCAUGAUAAAUUGAAAACAUUGGAAUUGGAAAAAAAUGUCAUCACUGAAAAAGUAGAUACACUUAAAACAGAUAUCAAAAUAAUUUUUCAAUCUAUCGGAUGGGAUUUAGAAAUCGAUACAAUAGAUCAAAUUAAAGAACUGGAUAACAAGAUCUUAGAAUCCAUGAAUAUCAAUAAUGAAGAGAAAAAGAAACAUGAAAUGAAUGUAUUAGAGUAUGAGAAAUUAAAAAAUGAAACUGAACAAUUACUUAAAGAUAACGUGAAUGAAUAUGCAACAUCUCAGAUAGAGGACAAAUACUUUCAGCUAGAACAAAUUGAAAGUGAAUUGAAAAAGUUUAAAGAGGAUGAUUCUGAAAGAAAGUUUAAUUCAUUAAAACAACUUACUUCUAAUGUAAAUGAAUUAUAUUUACUUUUGAAUGAUGCUGAUGAAAGUAUACAGAACAUGCAGUAUGAAAUAGAUAUUAAAAGUGUUGAUUUGGAUGAUAAGCGAGAGGAAUUUGAUUCAUUAAAAACACAAAAUGAAAAAAUAUUUGAAAAUUACAAAGAAACUUUUAUUGUUGCUUACGCGCAUGAUGAUGAAGAAAAUGACUUAAUAAUUAAAAGAUUGAAAACGAUUGAAAAUGAGAAAGAUGAACUGAAGAUUAAAAGUAGUCAACUAGAAAAUAAACUAGAAGAAUAUAAAUCGAAAAUGAAUUCGAUUAAAUUGAAUGAUCUUGAAAUGCUCUUAUCAAAAUUUAACCGAUUAACGGAGACGGAACAAUCCAUUCAAACUGAGAACAAUCAAUAUUCAUCAAAAGUAAGAGAAAUUGUUGAUGAUGAAAAUCAACUUAAAACUCUAAACUUAAUUAAUGAUUUUAUCAAAAGAAUGAUAACAAUUAUUCAAAUUAAAAGUGAAAAUAUGAGCAACAAAAUCGAUUCCAUAACAAAAAUUCACAAUGAAUUUAAUGGUUCCAACAAAGCAUUAGCUGAAAUAAUAAAUACAAAUGAUGAAAUAAAGAAGCUUGAAAAUGAAAAAUUUAUGCAUGAAAAAACAUUAGAAGAAAUAGAAAAAGAAAAUCCAGACUAUGAAAAAUGGCUUAUAAAUAAAGUUGAACUUAGUCAAAACAUAAAAUUAAAAGAAGAACUUGAAGAAAGCAAAUUUGGACUCAAAAUUAAAAUUGAUGAGUUUGAAGAUAUCAAAAACUCCAAAAAGGAGAUUUCACAGUUGGAACAAGAAAUUAAACUUUUACAAGAAAGUAUAAAUAAAGCAUGCUGCUGUAAUACGGAUCAUAAAUGUGAUCAAAUUUGUCAAUCGUGUUCGAAUCCCGAAGUCAAAGUUCCGUGUUUUAAAAGUGCGGGACAUGAAGGAAUUCAUAUUUGCGAUAAACCACAACAUAGUUGUACGAACAAUUGUGAAAUUACUGGCUGCCCCAAUAAGUGUAGUCAUCCGCAAGGUCAUGAAAAUCCUCGAUUUCAUCGAUGCGAAGAUCAACAUUUAUGCAAAGAAAAAUGCCAGUAUUGUUCCAAGCAGUGCAUCAAAUCCAUGACAGACACCCAUUCUUAUCAUAUAUGUGAUGAGAAACGGUGCUCGAAACCAUGUAUUUUUUGUGGUUUCGGUAGUAGAUGUGUAGCAGAGGCUCAUGAUCAUAUCAUUACUGCAGAAGAUGUUGAAAUAUUAGAGAAAGAUUCAACAGAUCUAAUAAUCACACAAAAGCAUCUUUGCGAAUCCAAACACAAAUGCCGGUAUAAAUGUGGGAAUCCAGGAGUAUGUGAAGUAAUAUAUAGUGAAAAGAUAAAAACAUGGAACACAGAGUCAGCCAAUUUUCAAUUCGUAUUUUUAGAACCAAUGGAAAGAAAAUGGAAUUGUUGCAAAAUAAUUGAUGUUAAUGAAGUGAUACAUUCUGGUGAACAUGUUUGUGAAAAAGCUGAAAAUCAUACGUGUAAUGCAAAAUGUCCUGACUGUAGUAGCUAUUGUAAUGGUAUGUAUGGUCAUGUGGGAGAACAUUCAACUAUAUCACAUCGAAAUAAAGAAAAUUGUUACUUUGUAACUAAUGAUACCCAAAAUAUUGGAAUCGUAGCUAAAGACAAAUCUGUGAGAACCUAUAAAUCAGGUGAAAAAUCGACGCCUGAAAUUUGUUCUGAAAGUUGUGCUAGAAGAGGAAGGUCACAUUAUCAUUUGCGAAGAUGCUUAGGUGAAGGUGAUUGCGUAGAAAAAAAUGAAAAAUUUAACAAUUAUGGGAUGCAUUCCAAAGAAAAAUAUAAAGGAUUUGAAGAAUAUGAGUACGAUAAGUAUCUAUGCGUCUAUUAUUGGCUUUCUUAUGAUUGGUUAACACCACUAAAAGAUGAAAAACUGAUUCAAGAAAGUUUGUUAUGCAAUUGCUAUUGUCCGCAUUAUUCACAUAAGAGUGAAGAAAAACCGUCAUUUUGUACUAGAGAAGCUUGGCAUACACAGAGUAUGUCAAUACGGGAUCAUUCAAUUUAAUCGAAUUCAUUUUCGAUUUAUAUUCUUCUAGUUUAUUUUCUAGUUGACUACUUUUAAUCUUCAGUUCAUCUUU